AUGAGCAACACUAUUAAAUUUAACGCCGGCAAAGUACAGUAUGACGAGGAGACACAUCGCUGUAACCCCUUACCUCAUAAGGGUAUCGUUACCAUAAAACCAAGUUUAGAGGACGAAGAGUUUUACGAUUUCAUAUGGUCCCCCAAAGGCAAUGGCUCAGGUAAUGUUGAAAAAGAUGAAUUACUUAUUAUUCCUGGUGACGUAAGUUUCAAACAAGUGAAAUCUUGUGAUACUGGUAGAGUUCUUGCAUUGAAAUUCUUGAGUUCAGGUGCGAGACAUUUGUACUGGCUUCAAGACGUUGGUGAUGAUGAAAUAUUGAAUAAGUUGACGCCAAAAGAUGAAGAAUUGAUCAAGGAUGUUAAUAGCAUAAUCUCUGUUCCUGAAGACAAAGAGGACGGGGAAGAAGAAGAAUUAGAAGGGAAGAAGGUAAAGCUGAGCGGUGGCGAGACACAAGAAAUUGAAAGUGAACAGCUGAGGGAGCAGUUUAAAUUUCCUAUAAGCUCUAUUUCUGAUGUUCUCAAUAUAAAGCUAGUGGAGGAACAUUUGAAUACGUUGGAUACAGCUCAAAUAUCAGAACUUUAUGGUAAAUUUUUGCCAAUAUCCAUGGCUUCAUCGGCUACGAAGAAGGACGUUCUCGAUGUUUUCAGGAAUGGUUUUUGCCAGCAGGCAGCAAAUCAGUUGAGUGACCUGUUGAAUAAUGGCGCAGGAUUCGUUAUGGCCAGGGCUUUAAAUUAUGAGUAUUCUGGAGAAGGAGUGGACGGAUUUUUAAAAGGUAUUAGGAGCUUAGCGGAAAAGGAACGAAUGGAUGAAAACGACCGUCAUAACUGA